GCAUUUCCUCUUUGACCCGCUUGUCUCUGUCGCUGCCGCCCUCACCUACGCUCACUCACCACCAUGCACACUCGAAUGCUCGCCUCCGCCAUGCGCGCACGGCCCUCCUUCCUCCUCCUCAACCGCGCCCGCACCAUCGCUCCCUCUCGUUUCUCUUCGUCUGAUGCACAUGGCCAGGAGUCAUUUGAGGCUUUCUCUGAGCGCUACGUCGCGUUCUUCCAGGGUGCACAGGACCUUUUCGAGGUUCAGCGCGGUCUCAACAAUUGCUUCGCACACGACCUGGUGCCGUCGCCCAACGUCGUCGAGGCUGCCAUCCGUGCUGCUCGCCGCGUCAACGACUAUGCGACCGCCGUCAGGGUGUUUGAGGGUAUCAGGGAAAAGGUCGAGAACAAGCAGCAAUAUCAGGCAUAUAUGGACGAGCUUAAGGGUGUAAGAGAAGAGCUUGGCAUAGUAACAAAAGAGGAACUUUACACUUCAUAAGAAAAAGGAAAGGAUCUUCAUGUUUGGCUUUACUUUUAGAUGCAAUGUCUGCACGAAUACAAUUUGUCUUAAUUGCUUCAUUAAUCCAAAAGUCUCUUCGGAUAUGAGAUUAACGUCAUGAAAUCUGUCACCGGUCGCCUUAGAGUUAUGUUCUUCAAUGAUACUUCAACGCCAUAAUAUGCCUUCGUUUGUAUGGACGAAUGACUAGACGCAAAUCAUAUGCCUCUCAUAUGUCAACGCGUUCGUACUUGACAGUCUAGUCGACUGUAUUGUAUGAGUUCGCGAUUAUU